GUUAGUCAUCCUUCCCAUCGCCUCCCUCCACUUCCUGGACUGCGCGGCUGGAGGCCUCGCGGGCGCGGGCACGCACCACCGGCUCGCCAACGAGAGAAGGCAUUGGGGCACCGACAGCGACUGGUUGCGUCUUGUGACGUGGGUUGUUCUCGUACGCGCUACCGCGCGUCUCCGGGUGCCGCUGACGGGCGUGCGCCCUUGUGCGGAGCGGGAGGUGGGGGCCGAACCAAUAGAGGCUGCCGGGGCCGCAGAACCCGACGAAGACGGAGGGCGGAGCCGGCUACGGGAUCGCAGCGACGACACACUGAGCUAGCGCCUGGGCCCAAAGGGAGCGAUGCUGUGGUUCCAGGGCGCCAUUCCGGCUGCCAUCGCGACAGCCAAAAGAAGCGGCGCGGUCUUCGUGGUGUUCGUGGCAGGUGAUGAUGAACAGUCUACACAGAUGGCUGCAAGUUGGGAAGAUGAUAAAGUUAAAGAAGCAUCUUCAGACAGUUUUGUUGCUAUUAAAAUUGAUACCAAAAGUGAAGCCUGCCUACAGUUUUCACAAAUCUAUCCUGUAGUGUGUGUUCCGUCCAGUUUCUUUAUUGGAGACAGUGGAAUUCCUUUGGAAGUAAUAGCAGGAAGCAUUUCUGUGGAUGAACUUGUUACAAGAAUUCACAAAGUCCGACAGAUGCACUCGCUAAAAAGUGAAACAUCAGUAGCAAAUGGCAGCCAGUCAGAAAGUUCAGUGUCUACUCCAUCUGCCUCGUUUGAACCUAACAACACUUGUGAAAACACUGAGUCCAGAAAUGCAGAGCUUAGUGAGACACCACCCACUUCUGAUGCAAAGUCAGAUACUGCAACAGGAGGAGAAAGUGCAGGCCAUGCCACUUCCUCUGAGGAGCCUAGUGGAUGCUCAGAUCAGAGACCUGCAGAGGACCUCAACAUCCGAGUGGAAAGACUAACAAAAAAACUUGAAGAAAGGAGAGAAGAGAAAAGAAAAGAAGAAGAACAGAGAGAGAUUAAGAAAGAAAUUGAGAGAAGAAAAACUGGAAAAGAAAUGUUGGAUUAUAAAAGAAAACAAGAAGAAGAAUUAACAAAAAGAAUGUUAGAGGAAAGAAACAGAGAAAAGGCAGAAGAUAGGGCAGCUCGAGAACGUAUAAAACAGCAGAUUGCAUUGGACCGUGCUGAGAGAGCUGCUCGUUUUGCAAAGACAAAGGAAGAAGUAGAGGCUGCCAAAGCUGCUGCCUUGCUAGCCAAACAGACAGAAAUGGAAGUCAAGAGGGAAUCUUAUGCAAGAGAAAGAAGCACUGUUGCAAGAAUUCAAUUCCGUCUUCCUGAUGGUUCUUCCUUUACAAAUCAGUUCCCUUCUGAUGCUCCUCUCGAAGAGGCAAGGCAGUUUGCUGCACAGACUGUUGGCAACACUUACGGUAAUUUUUCGUUAGCAACCAUGUUUCCCAGGAGGGAAUUUACCAAAGAAGAUUAUAAAAAGAAGUUACUGGAUUUGGAACUUGCCCCAAGUGCUUCGGUGGUACUGUUGCCAGCAGGAAGACCAGCUGCAUCCAUUGUACACUCUUCCAGCAGAGACAUUUGGACCUUGUUGGGAACAGUACUUUAUCCAUUCCUUGCCAUCUGGAGACUGAUUAGUAAUUUCUUGUUUAGUAAUCCACCUCCCGCACAGACUUCAGUGAGAGUAACAUCGUCAGAACCCCCAAACCCUGCAUCGUCUAGCAAAUCAGAAAAAAGGGAACCAGUGAGAAAAAGAGUGCUGGAAAAACGUGGAGACGACUUUAAAAAGGAGGGGAAAAUAUAUAGAUUAAGGACUCAAGAUGACGGUGAAGAUGAAAACAACACUUGGAAUGGAAAUUCUACUCAACAGAUGUAGUGUGACAAUUAUAAUAUGUGCAGUAAUCAUUGUUUCUCUUUGAUUUAAUUCAACUAAAAUUCUACUGGAGAAGUGGACUGCUUUAUGUUUUCCAAGUAGUCUAUAAUAAAGUGUCUUAUUCCUGCUUAGUGGGUGUGGGUUGAAGGUGUUUAGCUCAGAAAAGUAAAAACAGGAAAAUAACUCUCUGCUAGGUCCUUGCAUAUAUGGUAACCACUGCUAGAAGCCUAAAAGAAUCAAAAGAUCUGCCACAGCCUGCCUCCAUCGGCUUCUUAUUCAGUAUUUCAUAUGCCCAUUAGCCCUUUGCUGUCAGAUGACACGUUUUGUUUAGAGCUACUUUGCUCGAAGACUCUUAAGCCCAAAGUAACUGGUAUGUCACUGAGUAACUUGACUCUGUGUCAGAGCAUUUUAACUAGCCAAUCAUAUGAGAAUUUAUGUUUAACUUCUUUUUUUGAUCAUCAGCUGCAAGCAAAAUCUUGUAGUUUUUAAACACUGAAUAAAAAAAACUUUCCC